AUGCCUUUUGUUUCUCUGGCAUGUUGUUUUCUGGUGCCUUACAUUGUAACUACUGUGGCCGACGACCAUCGCUCGACCGCACCAAAGAACGUCUUCCAUGCGCGGCAGUUGCUGCACUGGGAGCAGAGUUCGACCGUUGAGGUCUACUAUGCGGAGUUUCUCCUGGCCCAGUGGGUUUUGGACUCUGCGCCGUGGAAUGCCUACCAUUCUGGCCUGGCCUUCUUGAACAGAGACACUGGGGAAAGGUGUCUCUAUGAUUUCAGUCCCGUGGACACUUCUUCGGUGAUGAAGAUGCUGAUGCCCGAGAUUGAUGCCAGUAGCAAACUUGCGGUGUCUCGGUUGCAAGCACUGCUGGUGCGCCUGAAUGCUAUUGAAAUGAGCUUCGUGUUGCUGGGCGACUACCGCUUGCAUUGGUCCAACCAUGCCAGGACGCAAUUGGAGCUCACUUGGCCCUCAAAUUACGAACGCUUUGUUCGCAUAGGAGUUUCCACUGGACGGACAUUCAUGAAGUUCACAGAUUGGGUGGCGGCCAGCUUUGCUCCAAAUCAUAGCGCCUUUCAACCUUUGGAGGUGGCGGAUGUGAAUUCCCGAGGCUUUCUGGUGCGUUCCACCAUGUGCCACGACUUUGUCACGGAUGGCCUUCGCUUUCUCUAUGACCAUGGAGCCAAGCUGCGGGCCGAGGAACACGUCUUUCGAGAUCAUAUCAUUAUGAUUCUUGGACGACGAACAUGA